AUGAGCACGACUAUCACUCGCCCCAUCUACGAAUCGCACCCUUCGGUCGACGCGUCUAUGGAAGAUUUUGAGUUCCGCGCAAACUCUCCCGAAUUUCUGCGACCUGACUCGCACGCGCGCAUCCAUUUCAUGAGCCCGACUGCUUCAGACUACUCUGAGGCAGCAACCCAGCCCGAUAUUGACGGAGGUUGGUCACCGCCAGCCUGGCGCAAGGCAGGAAGUGGUUGGUUCAAGCAUCACCUCCAGCAGACCGGCCUCAUGUCGCCGUACGGAAGCAGGGAGUGCAGCCCGGAGGAGUAUAGAAAGGGUCUGACGCCGUAUGAUGAUGACGAUGAAGAUAUCUUGGUCGCAGCAGGCAUCCCUCUUCCCAUCAGUCCUCUCAAGGGCAGAAGCCCAGAACCUAGUUACAGCCCUACUGUUGCCGCAGUCCUGAAGCAGGAUGAAGAUAAGAGAAGGCCGAUGGCCCAGUCGCAGAGGGAGGCAGAGCAUCCAUGGCCGGACAAGCAUGAUAACUNNGUACGCAUCGUCGUGUGA